CACACACUGUAUUGACAACAAGCGGCCACACAAACACACUCAACUCACCUACUCAAACACCGGUUACCACUCCUCCCACCCUCCUCUUUCAUCUUGUCCCCCAUAAGUAUUCAGCUCAGCUUAAUUUACCAUCGAGCAGUCUGAUUAAAGCCUAGUGUUGUCUAGACGACUGCAGCGGUACCUGCCCCGUUCCUGUCAAGGCAUGUCAUUAAUAAGACCCUGCAGUUUUACUUUCUUCUACACCUCCACAGCGCAUCUUCAGAAGUCAGUGUUAUUUUCAGUCACGCUUGGAUUGAGUCCACAAAGUGAGAUAUGUUUCAGGAGCCAGUUGAAGAUGUAAGACUGUGUCUUGAAGCUCUUUUGAAUAAUUUGAUGUCUUUAGGAUUAACUCUGUUUAGGGAAUAUACUGUAAGAAAAGAACAUUUAUUCCAGGAUGUGAAAUGUUUGAUAUCGGCAGUGAAAUAAAAGUGCAGCCUUCUCCUCUUUCAAAUAUUUACCCCCCUCCCCCCAGCUGGUUUAUAUCCAUCAUUUGCAUUUUUUAUAUCUGUGCACUUUUGUGUCCAUACAGCCAAUUUCUUAUAGUUAGCAUUGUAUGAAUAGCAGCCAAUUGUAAUGACACAGACCAGUGACUUUCUAAUCUGAGGCAUAUUUGGGCUGAGUUGAUGAGCGCCAUUAUGGAAGCAUAUAAAAACACAAUAUGCUAUGAUAAUGAGUUUUAAAGAGGGGCAGUCAUGGGUUACAAGGCAGAGUGGCAGUAUCCCCCUCAUGAUUAUCCUGUCUGACAGGAGAAAAGGCAAAGCAAUUAGGGGUUGGUUCAACACAAGGCCAAAGCAGUAAAUAAUAAGAGAACGGGAGCAAGAGAAAGGGCAUUUCUUACCUUAAUUAUGCAUUUUUAUGGCUUUUCACUGAAUAAUAAAACAUUUUCCUAUUCUAUCACUUUAAACUGCUGUUGACCUGGAUUUUAUGUCCCCACAAAUUCAAAAUGUUGUGUAAAGUUUAUUUCUUGUUCACAGAGCAGAUGUGAGGUCACAUUUAACACUAAUUGUAGCUUGAAUAAAAAGUGUUAAGGUUCAAAGUAAACCCGACAUGGUUUCUUAGAAUACAGGUUCCUGCGAAGUUAUUUGUUUGUGCUUUUAGGACAACAGACUCAAUUCCAUUCAUGUCAGAUCAGCACCCCUCGGACAAACAUCUGAAAACCCCAGCAAAUAAAAGUGAAACCACUGAUAUCUCUAUGACUAGAUACCACUUGGUAAAAGUGCAAAGAUCCUCAGCUCAGUUUAGCCCAUCAAAAUAGAAACUGAAAGGUCAUUCUACAGGAUUACAUCACACACUUAUAUAGAACUGUUAUAUAGUUCAUUAUCAGUCAUAAAACUGAUAAAACAACUUAUUAACAUUGUUGUAUCUAUACAACUCAGAGGUUGCUUAAACACUUAUCAAAUGAGGCAAAUUCAAAUAAAGUGAUUUUCCUUCAGCUUGUGACAGAGCUUUUUAUGCCUCUUUGAUAACUAUGGCCAGAUGCCUUAUGCUGUCUGGUUGUCACAAACAUUUACUUGGACUAAAACAUUAACUGAUGUCAAGUUCACGGUGAACUCACAAAACACAUUUGUGGUCAUAACUUGUGAACUAUGACAAAAUACAUUGAUAAGGUGGGGAGAUUUUAUAUCCAAGAGAUCAACUUCACUGUGACAUAUUGAGUCACAUAAAGACAUUUCAAACACAUAAUUCAGAAACAGAUGGAAGAGUCUGUGCACAACAUCCAUAUUGAGAACAUUCCAGAGUCUUAACUGUGUGUAGAUGAGUGUGACACACAUAGAUUUAAACUGAAACUUGACUGGCUGGCAGAGGCAUACAACUGGGAGGCAGUGAUUCUACUUUGUCUCUUGCAGCCUAAGUGUUUGGUAAAAGCUCAAAUCAAAAUUGUGGAAUUUAUUCAACUUGAUGUUAAGCAAGAUUUUGCCAAGUUAAGUCCUUACAGGUAUGCAUUAGUAUGUCUGACACAGGAAUGCUUGCAAGAAGAAGUGUUGAUUCUGGACCGAAUUGUAAACUCAUUCUCACACCAAUUUAAGUUAAAAAUCAUUGGACAUUAUCAGGUGCUGCUAGUCCUUUGUUAACUUUUGACGUCCAUUUUGAAGCUGUAUCAAACAUAUUUGUUCAUCCAGAGUUUGUUGCUUAGGCAAAUGUCCAACCAUUUCUAUUAACAUGUGAUGUAGUUAAUAAUCAGCAACAGUUCAAAAAAAGUGAUUGAAGUGAUAGGAAAAUGGUUUAUUAUAAGCUGCGAGAGGUUUCAUGAACAAAGGCUACACAUGAUGGCUUUGUACACAAGGGAGUGAUGUCAUCACGUGUGUGGUGCACGGGCAUGAACUCUCUGAUUCACGUGGGAUUCCCCUAGUUUUCCAUCUGCCUGUCUUAGCACAUCUGGUUAUCGUCCCUACAGGUAAUUACAGGAGUUCAUGAUUAUGUGAUACAUGCUGGACGUUAUCAUCUCCGUACAUAUUCAGAAAGGUUUUAUGUGACAGUUGAAAUUUAUGCUUGGUUUGGUUUUAAGUAGCUCCUUCAUUAUUGGAGCAUUCAUGAGCAGCAAGUUUGGUUGCAUGGUACUGGAGACGUGUAAUUUUAUUUUGUCUGUGUGAGUGAGUGUGAGGGAGAAAGACGUUGUUGUGCUUGUGUUGUGCUUUCUCAGCUGUUCUUUCUGGUUUUGGUUUUGGUCACUCCCUGCCAUGUGAGGCAUGCAGAGAAAAUGUAAGUCACGGGGUCAUCGUGACUAAUCCACUGCCUCACACUCAGCCCCCUAUUUCCUUCUACAUUUUCCCCAUCACAUCACAUCACAUGGCGACCCUGCCUUACUACAUCUUAAUAUAUCCAUGAUCAGAAAGCAGGAUUUCUUGUCUUGUUUGUGGCGUUGAACCAUGACAGAAGACAUUUGACCAAGUGCAACUGGGUAGAAUUUUUGAUGUGAUUAUUUUUGCGAUUAUUUGUCCCAUGACUGCCAUGUUUACUUCAGCUGUUGAGUCACUUUGGUUCGCACGGCCUAACGACUUUGUUUAUGCAUUUCAACUGAGCUCUGUUGGAAUAUCCUCAUAUUGUAAGGAAACCCACCGCUGUCGCAUGUGGACAGGAUGUCCUUUUCUAGAUUGCCGGUAACUUGAAAAUAAGAGCCAAAUGUUUGUUUGUGUUAGAUUUAAUAAACUUCCCUUUGAGACUCCAUAUCCCAACGAAUAUCAGUCAAUUACAAUACAUUAGCUAACAAUUGGAAUGGAAUACAUGGCUACUAUACAAGGAUAUGGAUGAGAUUAAUGCCCCACAUUUUUUUGAUAAUUUUUUUGGGCUGAAUGUCCCAAUUACAUCCUAAUAGAAAUGUCCACAGAAAGGUUUUUGUCCUUAUGAGGUGUCAAGUUGCAAGUAAUUUAUGCAUGUUAUAAGAUAUUCAUUCAUAUUCACUUCAAGUGACUUAACUUCUAUAGAUGUUUAUAUUUUAUUUCUUUUCAAUUGUAUAGAUAGUUAGAAAAUGGCUCUAUGAAGUUACUGACAAAGUAAUUGAUCAGUGAUAUGUCAGACUCAGAACUAAACUUCCCCAGAAAUAACAGUCACACAUUAAACUACUAGGUAACCUAGGAGCCCAUAAAAUAAAGCGUUAUCUAAACACUCGGCCAAGAUCAAUGGAAACUUUGACAAAACAAAACUGUGGCGUCAUCAUGUUUGCAGAUCUUGGUGCGUUCACACCCCACCAUCACACUAGUGAUGCUUUUUUUGCCCUUACUAGAGGGACUAGUAAAGGCCAAAAUGUCCACUACAAGUUAUACAUUUGGGGUCCAAAAUUAUCACUAGUCAUACCAAUGGUGCUAAAUGCAAAUCAGAAGACAGGAAGGGGUCAUAAAUUGAGGCUUCCUAUUGGUUGUCCAGAAAAAAAUCCAUCCGGCUCAAAUUUACUGUGUUUACUGCUGGCUCGGCAUUCCCUGUCAUAAAUGAAUCAUAAAUUAAGAGUUAAACAAGAGAAAUAAAAUUACAUAAAAAAACAAGUUAAAAACAAACCAUAAAGAGGCUUUCCAGCACCCAGUUUGGAAACUUGCCAAUCACAAUCCUUGCCCCGCCUACAUCAUUUGCAUGGAGUCCACUAGUUACACCAGUGACGCGUUUUUGACGUUACUAGUGUAACUAGUGAGGCUAACAACGUCCAAUAGUUACACUAGUGCCGUGUUUGACCUUACCAGUUGUACUUUGUAUGUUAUCUCGACGCACACAAAAUUCAGGUCAUGUUGGGUGUGAACUCACCAAGUCUAUUGACAUAGACAUACUCACCUUUGCAUCAAUUAUGCUAGUCUUCUUCUUUGGAAUUAGAACCGCUCUAUUUGCUAAAUACUGUACAUAAUCAUAUCAAUAUCAUCAUGAAUUUGUCUUCAGCCUUUUACCAAGCUGCAGAUUAAAGUUUAACCAAGCUGGAGAUUAAAGUUCAAUGUCUUUAUCAAAGGUGAUUGCAUUACUAUAUCCACAAAAGAUUGUACAUGUUGUUAAAGGGGGUGAGAUUCCCUGAGCACCCAUGUCGUCAAGAAAACAUACAUCUCUCCAUGGAAAAACUCAUUUAAUCACAGUGUAUGGUAAAUGCUAAAGUUCACUGAUUCCAGUAAUGUAUGCAUUUAAGAAUACCUUUGCAGUUACACAGACUAUAGCUCAUCCAUCAUCAUAACCAUAUUGUGCAGACAAGCAAAGUUGAACUCAAACGAUCCAAAACAAAUUCAGAAUCCAAUGGCCAAUGAUACACUAUAUGUAUCAUACUGGAUUUACAAGGAAAUCUUUAAAAAAUAUGCACAUUAUAUCGAGAAAUGUCCAGUUGAUUCAUAGACAAAAACAUUUUUUUAAACGUUGAAGGUAACUGAAAGAACCUUGUUUCUCUGGCUUUACCAGCACUGAAUAUUAUGUUGUUUUUCUUGAUUUAUUUCUUCCCGUAAGCAAAUCAUAAAACCAAUCAGUUACUUCCUUGUAAGACACCAGCAGUAAUUUGAAUGGCCCAGUUUACAAGGGGAAGUUAAAGGUUAAUUUGAAGAGAUGUCAAUGGCUGCACUGUUUUCUGUAAGGGUGUGUGCUCCACCUGAUCUAAUCUAACUGCUCUUUUAUUUACAUUGCCAGUUGCACAUUUGCAAUUUUGAGACAUGGGUAAAAUCUGGAGAAUUGGCUUCAGAGUUUACCCACAGUUUGCCUUUCACACAUGCACAGCACAGCGGGAGGUUCUCUGCAUUAUUCAGGCGAGAGGUGGAGCAGCCGGGUGCAGCAGACAGAGGCAGAAAGUGACGUAUUCACGCCACUGCAGAGACCACGUGGUUUUCUUUACAACACAGACACCAGUUCUUAUCACCAUAAACUCUCUAGACAUCUUCGUCUGUGUCUUCUGUGUGUGCCACCGCCUUUUCACCUGGAGAUUUAUACUAAGAGGCCAGGGGGAUAAAGUUCGCAGAAGGUGUGGAGCGUCUCACUCAGAGUAAAGAGGUUUUUGCAAAGCAACAGGAGAACAUACCGAAUGUGCCCCAUACAACAAGGCUGCUGUAAUGCAUUAUUUCUGUUUGUGUGAAGUCAUGAUGUGAAGGGUGGGUUCUUCUUACUUUGGGCUGUGAUGCAAUAAGGUCUGUGUCUGUGUGUUUGUAUGUUUGUAUUCUAAAGCAGCUCAUCAAUGAUUCAUCCCUCCUCAGUGACCCGCUAUGUCCCACUAACACACACUCGCACAAAUGCACACAUACACACAUUAUUCAGAGGAUUCCCACUCACAUGAUGACACCAUGGUCAGGCGCCACUCCGUCUCUGGCAGUUUCCAGCAGAGAUGGACCUUACAGUACCUCAACAUGCCGGCUUGAUAUCAUUAUUCCUGGAAGCUGAGUGUGCAAAUGGACCCCUCCAUCUAAUCCACCCACGGGAGAAAUAAAUCACAUUAUUUCUGUUUUUAAAUUCAACAAAUGUCCUCAUUUAUGUCAGUCUCCUAAACAGUUAACAUUCUUUUAAUAUCAGAAAAACUGACGUUACAUCAUUGUAUUAGAUCAACAUCUUGGAUUUGUUGAAAGAACCCAUUUGCCAUCAGAUUCCCAGAAUAUUAUAUUUUUUCAACAACCGCGUCCAGAGUUCCAGUAAGCGGGAAUGUCAAUCUGCGAUGAGGUAUUUCAGUAUACUUAUGCACAGACACAAGUACUGGCUGACGCCCGGGAUCCCCUUUGAAUUGGCACAUUUGCUGCUAGCACUUGACCUGGUAAUCCAUUUCUGAACACUACAGCUGUCUUCUUGUUAUUUUCAGCUGUCUAUAAAGUUUGAGGGGAACCGCUACUGGCCAACUUUGUGAAAACACAAUCAAUUUGCCUGUUAAAUUUAUUUUGGUGCCAAUCAACACAACAGAGCAGAAUUAAUUUGAGAAUGUUUUGACAGGUGAAUAGACACCUCACAAUAACACAUUAAAAUUCUCUUAAGUGACAAAUGACAAGUGACAAAAUUUCCUGGAUUAUCCAGAUUACUUUCUUUGUUUUGUUCUGAUCAGCUAUUACACCUCUGAUCUAUAGAUCAUAAUAUUUAUCAGUAAUUGUUGUUAGAGCAGAAGUCCUGCAAUUGACACUGCACAGAAAGACAUGAGGCAGAGUAUGAAGUAAGACAGACAGCCACGUAGGGAGUCAAUCUCUAAAUAUAAUAAUCAUUAAAUAGUGGCCCAAGCCCAUUAAACAUAGCAGUAAGCAGGGGGGUGUGAGGAGCGGCCAGGUCCAGAGCACAAAACUGUUUACACUACAAAUGCGGUUGAGUUACACCAUGUACAGUAAAAGGGGCCCGACUGCCAGUAACUCUAGUCACUUACCAACAAAAGCAUCAUUUCCUGAAAGCUCCUCCCCUCCUCCCUCCCUCUUCUCCCCACCUCUCCCCUCCUCUCCCCUCCCCUGCGCUCUCACUCACUCCCCAACCACCUUUUCUGUGCUCUGAGGAACUAGUCCUCAAACACUAUGACUAAGCCCGCUAUGCAAACGCCCGACUGUCCUACAGAAGCAGGAAGCAUGUUUUAGACUUGCCCGUGUCUCUGCUUUGUGACAGCAACAGAGUUGGGUCUGAUGUGUGUGAGCUCAUUGCCCAGAGAGCGUUCACCUGCGGCAGAGAGGCAGAUGUGGGUUUUGAACCAGAGAGGAACUGUGAAAGGGCUAGAGAGGCUCCACUGUUGGGCUGGAGUGUAUCAGCUGUAGGGUGAAUGCCAACACUUUGACCAACACAUGGAAGAGGCUCUUGCAUUCAGGGAUUUAAGGUGAAGCGGGAGAGUAUUUGUGUGUGUGUGUGUGUGUUUUACCCCCCCACACACACUGCAGCGUUUGGACCCAUGUCUCUCAUGCAGUUCUGGACUAAAUUGUAUUCACAGCUGGGACGACCACUUCCCAAGGACCUGUCCUGCAUUGAUGACCUCUCCACAAACUCUUUGUUCUCCUCACCGGCCGACUCGCUGUCGGAGUAUGCCGAUGCCCAGUCCUUCAUCAGCACAGAUAACCUGGACACGGUGCCCACCCUCUGGGACGUCAGCACUAGUACCACCACCACACCAGCACAAAGCCAGCUAGAGCAGAAUGGCAGCAGCAGGUUUCAUGGCUUGGCCAGUUUGGAUGAUAUAACUGCUAUUAUCAGCACCCCACCUUUAGGAGGAUUUCAGGCUAAGAGAACUCAGACUCCACCAGAGGAGGAAGAGGAUGCUGAGGAAGAGGAGACGGAGGAACUGGGACAUGUAGACACAUAUGCUGAGUACAGACCUUCGAAAUCCACCAUAGGAAUUUCUCAUCCUGACAUAGUGGUGGAGACCAACACACUAUCCAGUGUCCCUCCUCCUGACAUCACAUACACUCUCUCUAUCCCAGAGUCGACUAUUAACUGCGGCUUUCUGUCCGCUCUGCAACUAGAGGCCAUCAUCUAUGCCUGCCAGCAACACGAGGUGAUCCUUCAGAACAACCAGAGAGCAGGCUUCCUGAUCGGAGAUGGGGCAGGGGUCGGAAAGGGUCGCACUGUGGCAGGAAUCAUCCUGGAGAAUUACCUUAAGGGAAGAAAGAAAGCACUGUGGUUCAGCAUAUCCAAUGAUCUGAAAUUUGAUGCAGAGAGAGAUUUCAAAGACAUAGAUGCACCAAUUAUUCCUGUGCAUGCCUUAAACAAGAUAAAGUAUGGAGACACAGCUACCUCAGAAGGAGUCCUGUUUGCAACUUACUCUGCGCUGAUAGGAGAGAGCCAAGCAGGAGGGCAGCGGCGGACGAGAAUUAAACAGAUCCUGGACUGGUGCAAGCCAGACUUUGAUGGAGUUAUUAUUUUUGAUGAAUGCCACAAAGCCAAGAAUGCCACAUCCACAAAGAUGGGCAAGGCAGUGCUUGACCUGCAAAACAAGCUGCCACGGGCCAGAGUGGUGUAUGCCAGUGCCACAGGUGCCUCUGAGCCAAAGAACAUGAUCUAUAUGAGCCGCCUGGGAAUCUGGGGUGAGGGCACGCCCUUCAGAGCAUUCGAUGACUUCCUGCACACCAUCGAGAAGAGAGGUGUCGGGGCCAUGGAGAUUGUUGCCAUGGACAUGAAAGUGAGCGGCAUGUACAUUGCCAGGCAGCUGAGCUUCUCAGGGGUAUCUUUCCGCGUUGAAGAGAUCAGACUGGACAGUGACUUCAAACUGGUUUAUAACAAAGCUGCCAAACUGUGGGCAGAGGCAUUGCAAGUUUUCUUGCGUGCAGCGGAUGAGCUGGGCCUGGUUAGCAGGAAGUCUCUGUGGGGGCAGUUCUGGUCGUCUCACCAACGCUUCUUCAAAUACCUCUGCAUCGCUGCCAAGGUCCGCUGCCUGGUGGAGCUGGCCCAAAAGGAUCUGCUGGCCGGAAAGUGCAUCGUUGUUGGCCUUCAGUCGACCGGAGAGUCUCGCACCAGAGAAGUCCUGGAUGAGAAUGAUGGACAGCUGGACAGAUUUGUCUCUGCAGCAGAGGGAGUAUUCCAGUCUCUGGUAUCGAAACAUUUCCCUUCAGAGAAACAGAGGAGAGAGAAGGCACCAGGCAAUAAGAGAAAACGGAAGCCUAGGGGGCGCCACCACAAGGUACCCAAGCACACGGUGGACAGCGGCGGCGUGAUCAACAUCACUGAUGACAGUAGUAGUGACUCCGACGGCAUGGACACAGACUCCAACUCCUCACCCGACUCCCUGCUGGACAACGAUGAUGUGAUCUUUGUGAACCACACUAGCUGCCAGACAGCGAGGAUAGAGGAGAUGAAGCAGGGCCUCCUCAACAAAAUAUCCCAGCUGGGAAAAGAACUACCUCUCAACACCUUGGAUGAGCUCAUAGAUAAGUUUGGCGGACCAGAUAAAGUCUCAGAGAUGACCGGUCGUAAGGGUCGCGUGGUUCGGCGUCCUGAUGGCAGCGUCCGUUAUGAGUCACGGGCUGAGCAGGGUCUCACCAUCGACCACAUCAACUUAAAGGAAAAAGACCGCUUCAUGAGUGGAGAAAAGUGUGUUGCUAUCAUCUCAGAGGCAGCCAGCUCUGGGAUUUCCCUGCAGGCGGACAAGCGAAUUAAAAACCAGAGGCGCAGGGUCCACAUGACCCUGGAGCUGCCGUGGAGCGCAGACAGAGCUAUUCAGCAGUUUGGUCGCACCCAUCGGUCCAAUCAGGUGACGGCCCCAGAGUACAUCUUCCUCAUCUCAGAGUUGGCGGGGGAGAGACGUUUUGCCUCCAUUGUGGCAAAGAGACUAGAGAGCCUGGGGGCUUUAACACACGGAGACAGAAGAGCCACUGAAUCCAGAGACCUGAGCAAGUACAAUUUUGAAAACAAGUACGGUACCAAGGCUUUGGAUAAGAUCACCAAAGCAAUCCUAGGCCACAUAGAGAACAAAGUGCCCCCUCCCAAAGGUUACCCAGGGGGUGAGGCCAUCUUCUUCAGAGACAUGAAACUUGGAAUGAUGGAUGUAGGAAUUUUUUGUAAGGAGCAGCGCUUUGGGAUCAAUACAGAGAAAGACUGCAGCAUCACCAAGUUCCUCAAUCGUAUCCUGGGCCUGGAGGUCCACAAGCAGAACUAUCUCUUCCAGUACUUCACUGAUAACUUCGAUUAUCUAAUCGAGAAGGACAAGAAGGAGGGCAAAUACGACAUGGGAAUCUUAGACCUGGCCCCAGGUAAUGACGAGAUCUAUGAGGAGAAGCAGGAAUCUUUCCUGACAGUUGGAAACCCUCAGGAUGGACAGGUUGUUCUCUAUAAGAUCAGUGUGGACAGAGGUUUGCCCUGGGAAGAGGCCUACAACAGGUCACUGAAGCUCAACAGCCCCGAUGAGGGAUUCUACCUGUCCCAGAAGCUGCGAGGAAACCACCCAUGUGUGCUGCUGGCUGAGCAAGGAAGAGGCAAGAACUUCAUUGUCUUCAAGCCUAACAUCGGCAAGCAGAGCCACCCAGAGAGCCUGGACAACCUACACCAACGUUACCGGAAGGUGACUCCGGAGGAAGCCAGAGACAUUUGGGAAAACCAGUUCACCUUCUCCUUCAAGAAGUGUAGCCAUGCCAACUGGAAUGGGAAGUGUAAGAAAAUUGAGGAAGGCCAAGAGUGUCUGCAGGGCAUGCGCCUGCGUCAGUACCACAUGUUGUGUGGUGCUCUACUGCGCGUGUGGAAGCGUGUGUCCGACGUGGUGUCUGACAUCACCAGCUCCAGCAUCUUGCAGAUUGUCCGUCUUAGAACUAAGCAGCACAACAAGCAAGUCGGUAUCAAGAUCCCAGAGAACUGCGUGGCCCGUGUGCGGGAGGAGCUAUUGCUAAUGGACGAGGAGGUGAAGAGGAGGCGAAAGGAGAAGGAGCAGCAGGCCGCGGAGCAGCGGCUGGCCGAGGAGCGCAUGCGUAAAAUGGAGCAGGAUAACAAGCACCUCCUGGCGAAUCUGUUCAACCAGAAGCCCAUGCUUAACCAGUCCCUCCCUCAGCCUCUCAGCCAGAGCCAGCUCCUCAAACUGAAACUGAACCAAAGCCCUCUAUUGAGGACACAAACUGGGAGCUUCCCUCAGCUGCAGAGAAUGCCAGGCCAGAGCCAGUCCACCUUACAGCCCCCCUCCCAGAACUUACCCCUGUUGUCCUUACAGCGAAAUCCCAGCCAAACGCAGCAGCAGCAACAACGGACCCAUAACAGCUGGCCCAACAAUCCCACCACAACCAACAACAACCAGGGACCUCUGCCCAACGCCGUUAGCCUCAGCUCAAAUUUCUCUCAGUUUUACCCCCAGUCUUUCCUUUCCUCUUUUCCACAGCUGAAGAACCCGUCUCUUCCACUCAAUCAGGCCACGCUGUCUCAAAGCUUGUCUUCCAAGAAUCCCCUGAAUGAGAUCUUGGACCUGACUGUCAGCUCCCCGUCGCCCUCCCCAGACAGCACGGAGGGCGGGCUGGCUCUUGAAACUCUGGCCGGACACGCAGCAGCAUUCGAAUUUAACCUGGAGUCUCUGAUUUCCCAGAGUGCAUUGAAUGCUCAGCACGCUGCACAAAUACAGCAGCCUCUUUUGCUACAACAACAACAACAGCAGCAGCACCAGCAGCAGCAACAUCUGCAGGUGACACAGCAGCAGCAGCAGCAGCAGCAGCAGCAGCAGCAGCAGCAACAACAACAUCUACAGGCGACACAGCAGCAGCAGCAACCACAGCAUCUGCAGACGACGCAGCAGCAGAAUCACAGCCUGCUCGCCAAUAACCACCAUCAGAACCUGUUAGAUUUAUUUGACGUGCCCCUUUCUCCCCAGAUGCCCCAGCAGAAAGUCAGCCCUUCAUCCUCUGCUUCCUCCUGCUCUUCCUCCACGUCCUCCGCCUCGUCUGUGUCAAACAACCUGGUCUCUCACGUGCCCGGUGGUCUCCCGCCUGCAUCCACCCUCAUCCCAACAUCAUCCCCCUCUUCUCUCUUCUCCAACCCGUCCUCCUCUUCUUCUCUGUUUCCCAGCCCUUCCCCCUGCUUCUCUCCCUCCUUUCUCCUCACCCAGUCGGACUCUCUGUCCUUACCCAACGGCCAGUGCAGUUCUGCCACUCUCGACGUCCGCGAGGCGCUGAACAGCAUGCUACAGGCCAGUCUAGACCGCAAGUCUGUCAUCCAGUACCUGCCACAAGACUGAGAGCUUAGUUAUGUCAACAGCUCGGACUGUGUUUUUCUUAAAGUAUUUUUAUGUUUGAAAGCAGAUUGCGUCUUGUUUGCUGCUGUCUAUGAUCGCACCCUCGGACCUAUUCCCUCUCCCCUCAGGGCCUAUAGUCACGUCACUGCCUGUCCUGCGCUCUGCUCACCCCUCUCUCUACCCACCUGUAGCAUUCACCUGCUUGAGGCUGUCGAGGUGAUGGCGGGCUCGAUCAAUACCAGAUUUCUACACCAAAGUGUGUCCUCCACAGGGAAAGGCAGCUGUUAAAAGAAAAGUGAAACAAAAACAAAAACCAUGUGAUAACUGUAUUUUAUUGAACAUACGAGCUGUCCAAACAAAAGCUCAUUCAUCGAGGUGUGGAAAUUUUAAAAAUAAAACCUCCCGCUGCUGAUUCUUUUGUACGAGGUAUGAUCAGCGAAGUUGCUGGAAGCUCGAAAUGCCUUUCCCCAGUUAACACCACAUCUUUUUCGACUUUGCUUUACUGUUACUUCGCUUCUCGGCCAUUUGUCUUGGCUAAAUCAAGGCUGUAUGCAAGGCUUGGUUUAAGUGAAAACAAAAGACAGUGUUGAACUGGAAGACGAGGAGACAAAAAAACAGAAACACAUCAAAUCUGUUAGCUGAUUAGCCAUGAAAUGCCUCAGUUUUCAUUCUCUCCUCUACGAGCGCCCUCUUGUUUCUCUCCCUGCUUGUAUGAACACUAGAGUGAGGAAAAAGGGAGAGGAAGAGCAGUCUGCUGUUGCAAACAGUGCCUUUGGAGAAAUCUAUAAAUGCAGUCUAAAAAUCCAUGUAGCCUAAUGUAUAGAUUUGUAUUUUUGAGCAUUGGUUUUGAUUUUUAUUUAAUAUGGUGUCUUUCUAUUUAACUAUUAGCCCCCCCUUUAGUCAGUCGUUCAUCGUUUGUGUUACACUAUGCUGGUGGCGGCUUUCAGGAAGAAGCCUCCAUCAAGCCUGUAUGUGCUUGUUUGAUGGUCUGUGGAGCUGUGACAAUGUGCUGGGAGCUCAGUAUGGCACAAACAAGUCGAGCAGCGUUGAUAAAGAAAAUGUCUCUUUUGUUGUUUCUUUUUUAAAGCUGACAGUAACAUUUAGCGAUAUGACUCCUGAUUUGAUUUGGCUUUGAAUUUCUCAGGAAAGUCUCAAGUGUUUUUGUUGGGUUGUUUCAUGUGUCAUUUUUCAUAUAUGAUGAAAAAUUUACAUAGUUUCAGUCUUGAAUUACAGAGGAUGACAAAGAGUUUAAAUUCUCUCUAGGUUAAAAAAAGAAAACCCUGUUGUUUUUUUAACUCUUUGACAGUAGCAACAAGUUACACUGGGUUCAGGAAGAGUUCAACAAAAAACAAAUAUCUAUGGAAACUUGUUUCAAUUUCAGGCAUUACUGCUCUAAAAAACUACAUUUGACACGUGUAGACUUGUAAUGUUCACUGUCUUUAAAAUUAGGUAUUCAAAAACCUGUGAGAUCUGGCCAUCUACGAGUGAAAUCGAUGCACUGUUAAUGACAAGAUGUUGGGAUACGUUCAAGUGAUGAUCAAAAAGCAAUAAAACCAUAUUCUACAUUUGAGAUGGAACAGAAAAGCCUCAUUACUGUUAAAGCUCAACAGGCAAAGCUUUAUAGCUACGUUCGCAUGGUAUGAAUCUUCUUUUUCUGUUGUGCUUCAAAGUCUUUCAGUUAAUCAGAGUCAACCUUUGUACAGUGAGUUUUCACGGGAUGAGCGCAAUGCGUUCUUGAUGUUUUAGUCAUCGUUAUUAUAAAAGUUAUUGUUAUUUAUAUUUAAGGGAAAUUUAGAUUUUAGAUAUGUUAUUCUGCUUAUUAGAAUAGUUUAAAAAAAUGUUUGGUCAGGGACGUUUGUUGUUGUCAAGAUUGCUAUAAAACAAAUUCUAUUAUAACCUGCCACCAAAUAAGAUUGCACUGUUCUGUACUGCUGUACAGUGUCUGGAUUUAUUUCUACUCAUUUCAUUAUGCUUUUUUUUGUUGUUUCCUCAAGUAUAAUUGUUUCUCCAACUUCUUCUGUCCUUCUGUCAGGCCUUCAGUUCACAGAGAGAUACCAAAGUAUUCCACGAGACACCCCUAAAGUUACUGGCUCUAAGAUAUCAGACCUUUUAUCAAUCUCAGGAAGAAAAACCUAUAAGAGGUUUAACAGCGGGGCGUUAGUAGAAAUAUAUCAUUUCCCCCUAAUAACAAGUGGUGAAACUAACCAAUACACGUGCUGUUUUUUCUUAACUUUGUGCUGUGACUCUUGCUGUAUUUAUGUUUUAGACUUAAUGUGAUGGGUUUGUAGUUUGUCCUUGUGAAGAUGUCAGUGAUUUUACAUGUUUAUGCCUUCUUAGGGCAAAGAUCAAAUGCUGUUUCUUUUUUAAGGAACAUGAUUUUUCUGUGGAUGUUUUCAUUUCUUUUUUUUUUCCUCGUUACCUUUUGCAGUCAUCGGACGUUUAAUUCCUGUUGAAGCUCACAGAGUUUUGAGUCGAUGUGCACCCAGGUUAUACUGAAACGUGCAAUUGAUCAGUCGCAGCCUUUUCUCUCUCCCUCAGUGUAACAGCGGUUUAGGUUCAGAGUGACUCACUCACUCACAGUAUCACAUAUACACGCCAAUGUUUUUUUUUUUUAUUGCAGAUUCUUGAAGUAGCCCGUUUUCCUCGUACCCUUGUUAAUUUUGCUUUCAAUAUUCCUCAUCAGGCACAUUCCAAGACAUCAGUCUGCAAAAGAUUUGCCUUCGACUCUGUGUGUUACAGUCACACAAAUAAAGCUUUAUGCAUUUGAGGGAUACGGAGCAUCUUUAGGAAGAAAAAUCUUUUUUUUUAAACAAACCAUGUAUUAGUGUAGUUAGGCCUUUUAUCAUUUAGGUAUAAUUUUUGCACUAAGAAUGGCAUAAUCAAGUUACUGUUCUCUUGUUGGUUAUGAUUGAGCGUUGCAAGCUUGUUGUGUUUCUUAUCUUCGAUGGAUUGCUCUGUGUAUAGUGUAACCAUCUCUCCCGUUUCUCCACCAUUUGCAUAUUAUAUAAAUGUUAUUACUCUCAAAUAAUUUAUUGCUAACAAAAAAAUGAAACAAAAAACAUGCUACUGAUUGUAUGUAUUUUUAAACAAAGCCUAUUUUUUCUGUACAAAAAAGAAACUGUGUUCAGCACUUUUAUUCUGGGUUGUGCUUUUGUUUUCUAUAUAUUUAUAAUUUAGAUCCAAAUGUAUAUAUUGUAAAAUUUGUGCCUUUCGACUAAUUCUUUAAAAAGGUUUUCUACUCAUUAAAGGAAGGACUAUAUGAAAUUGCAAUCUUAACUUUGUAAACAAAUAAAAACUUGAAGAUUGCUGAA